UCCGAAAGAUUCCUCUUCCACAAAACACACUCUCACUGAAUAAACCUUAUUUAAAUUAAAUUCUCCCCCCUCCUUCUUCUACACACCAACCAUCGUUGACGGUUACUAGAGAGAGAAACAACCACUUCCUAGAGAGAGAAAGUUUGUUACCGACUCACUCAUCAGAGAGAAACCUCAUGGCCGGUGUUAAUCCCAACGGCGUCGCCGAGUUUCAGGCGGUUCCGUCGCACGGUGGACAGUUCAUUCAGUACAACAUCUUCGGUAACCUCUUUGAAGUUACCUCCAAGUACCGUCCUCCGAUCAUGCCGAUCGGUCGCGGCGCCUAUGGAAUCGUUUGCUCGCUGUUGAACACGGAGACGAAUGAGCUGGUGGCGGUGAAGAAGAUUGCGAAUGCUUUCGAUAAUCACAUGGAUGCUAAGCGCACGCUUCGUGAGAUUAAGCUUCUUAGGCAUUUGGAUCAUGAGAAUGUAAUUGCUUUAAGAGAUGUUAUUCCUCCACCCUUGCGUAGAGAGUUUACUGAUGUCUACAUUACCACCGAACUCAUGGACACUGAUCUUCACCAAAUCAUUCGCUCAAACCAAGGUCUAUCAGAGGAACACUGCCAGUACUUCUUGUAUCAGGUUCUUCGUGGACUAAAGUAUAUCCAUUCUGCAAACAUAAUCCAUAGAGAUUUGAAACCAAGUAACCUGUUGCUGAAUUCAAAUUGUGACCUGAAGAUUAUUGAUUUUGGUCUGGCGCGGCCAACUGUAGAAAAUGACUUCAUGACAGAAUAUGUAGUCACAAGAUGGUACAGGGCUCCUGAGUUGUUGUUGAACUCCUCAGAUUACACCUCUGCAAUAGAUGUGUGGUCUGUUGGCUGCAUCUUUAUGGAGCUUAUGAAUAAAAAGCCUCUUUUUCCAGGCAAAGACCAUGUACAUCAGCUACGCCUAUUGACAGAGCUUCUUGGUACUCCAACUGAGGCUGACCUUGGGUUAGUGAAAAAUGAUGAUGUGAGAAGAUAUAUCAGACAACUUCCUCAAUAUCCUCGUCAACCUUUAACUAAGGUCUUCCCCCAUGUUCAUCCCAUGGCCAUGGAUCUCGUCGAUAAAAUGUUGACUAUUGAUCCCACCAAAAGAAUCACAGUUGAACAAGCACUGGCCCAUCCAUACCUUGAGAAACUGCAUGAUGUAGCUGAUGAACCAGUCUGUACGAAGCCAUUUUCGUUUGAGUUUGAGCAACAGCAAUUAGACGAGGAGCAAAUAAAAGAGAUGAUCUACAGGGAAGCAUUGGCACUCAAUCCUGAGUAUGCUUAAAGAAGAAAAACAAGGGAAGAUAAAAAAAGAACAUUAGUUUUCGAUUUAUUUUUUUGUAUGAGAAUUCAAUAUGUUGCCAAUCAAACAAACUUAGGUGAUUGUGUUCAAUCUGUGUGACUAGUUAGGUGCAAUUACGGCUUACAAAUUAAAGACUGCCGUGCCUUCUGUUGUAAAGUACCAUGUAAUGAUAUUAAUCCCCAUAAGUUAACCCUGUUUGUUGGGUUAUUUAUUAAUUGAAAAAUGCUUAAUGUUAA